AUGCCUUUGUCCGGCCACUGCCUGUGCAAGGCUGUCACUUACACUGUGGACAUCGACGCACCCCUCAUCGUGGGGUACGAUCAUUGUGACGACUGCCAGCGUCAAAGCGGGUCAACCUACUCUCUAGUUGCCGUUGUCCCCAAGGACAAAUUGACGGUCAAUGGACCCAUCAAGAAGUGGUCUGGAACGGGAUCCUCCGGCCAUGCGGUGCACCGUCUCUUCUGUUCGGAUUGUGGCUCACCCAUCGCGCACGAUCCCGACGCGGCCCCAGAAAUCAUCGCCCUGAAAGCUGGUACUUUUGACACAGAAAUCAAGAAAACCCUCAAGCCCGACACCGAGAUUUGGACCGUUAGCAAGCUUCCUUUCUGCCAGGAGCACUUGGAGAAGCCUUUCAAGCAUAUGCCCGAGUAA